AUGGAGGCCGAUCCAGCCCCCGACUUCUCGAUGAUGCUGAGAGAGCUGCUGGCGCCGCCCUGUCUGGACCCCGAGCCGCCCCCGGAGCCCCCCGCCCGGCAGGCCCCAAGGCCCCCGAGAUGCCUCAGACCCAGUGGCAGGUGCCGCCCAGGGAAUGAGGUGACCACGCUGCCCCUUGUCCCCAGGUCCUUCUGGCCUGCACGCCGGGACUCGAUCACCGCCCUGCACUUCCUUCAAGAGACAGCAGAGGGGCUGGCCCAGCCGCCUGCCCAGGACACCCCUGUCCUGGGACCCUGCUGGGAGCUGAAGGCCCUGGGGUCUCUGGGACCCCCGCCUCCGGCCAGCGAUGCCAGGAACAUGGUGCCCCCCAUCAGCCAGCAAUGCGGCAGCCUGGGGCCCCCAGGGGCUCCCCUGGCCCCUUCAGCCCCCCCCCAGAGGAGGCCCCGGAAACAGCCGAACCCCCAGCAGGGCGCAGAGAAAGUGGACCCCCGGUUCGAGGGGGUGACCCUGAAGUUUCAGAUAAAGCCGGAUGCCAGCCUGCACAUCACACCCAGCUACAGCCUGGCCUCCAGCCGCCGCUCUCAGGCUCCCCCAGCAGGCCCCGCCAGGGGCCCUGAGGCCACUUCAGGAGGCAGCGAGGCCCUGGCUUCAGGGCCCCGGCGCUGUGCUUCCUGUAGCACUCAGAGGACCCCACUCUGGAGAGAUGCCGAAGAUGGGACCCCUCUCUGCAACGCCUGUGGUAUCAGGUACAAGAAAUAUGGCACCCGGUGCGCCAGCUGCUGGCUGGUGCCCAGGAAAAAUGUCCAGCCCAAGAGGCUAUGUGGCAGAUGUGGGGUAUCCCUGAGCCCCCACCAAGGCCCAGCUCAGGAAGGCUAAGCCCUUCGUCACCCAGCUGAAUCUGUCCUGCCUCAGCUUCUCCAGGGGAAGAAUGGACAGAAGCCCUUCUAGAAGGAGUGGAGAAAGAGCUUAGGUCUUGCGGGGUCCCCAGCCUGCCUCCUCUCUGCCCCCUCCUCAUCAGGGACCCCAUGGGGAAGACCCAGGCCUCAGGCCCCAGAGCCCCUGU